AUGACCUAUAGUCUAGAAAUCUUCGGAUUCCUCAUGAUUUUUAUGGGAUUUUUGGCUUAUUACACAUUCCACGACUCACUCUUCAGUUUGCUUGCCAGAAGUAAGACGGAUCAAAUGCAAGACCGGCUCACCCACAUUUUCGACAAAUCGGAUAUCCUAUUGGCUCCAGACACAGUCAUCGAUCAGAUCGCAUUCGAGAAUUUUGAGAAUAACACAAGCGCCAUCGAGAUUCUUACGAAGACCCUGAAAACGUUUAAACUGAUUCAAGAGGUCCUUGUGUGCGGUCUGAUUUCCGGCGCGAGCCUGGCGGUGAACUCAUUUGCGGAGGCGGAGAUCAACCGGCAUGCCGAGGUGAUGUUCUUCGAGAAGACACUUAUUCCAGGACCGACUUAUUUGAUCUCGAGCCUCUUGCUGAUUAUGAUGAGCUUCUUGAUGCCGAAGAAGCGGAUUCUGCCGGUGAUUAUAGUGAUACCGGUGCUGUUCUUCUUGGCGUCGGCGAUUUUUAUGAUCCCCGCGUAUUUUAAGGAGUUGGAUAAGUGUUCACAGCAUUGGGUUGUUAGUUCUUCCGCCUUCCCCCUGUUCCUAUCAGUCGGUAUACUCACCUCAGCUCUGACCGAUGUCAUCCGAUUCCUUGUCAAACUCCAUUUGCUGGAAGUGAUGCCUGUUCUCAUCCGUGUCCCCAUUAUCUCAUUGCUCUUUUUUGUACAGUACUCGUUUGAUGGAAAUGUUCGGGAUCUCUACGCCACUAAUAGCAUUGGUGGUGAGACAAUCCUCGUUCUGAUUACAGUACUCUCCAUGCUUGUGCUUUUGAUAACUCCACGGAAGAAAAAUGAAAUGAAUGUAUACUUUUCCGAGUAUACGAACAAUGACAAGGAGAGACAACUUCCGCCGGCGCCGAAACGUAUUGACUAA